AUGGGUAAGAUCUGCUGUCACCUGGUGUCACUGGAAACGCUGAAUCUUGCCCAAAACACCAUCACCGAGCUACCAGAUGAGGUGAGCUCUUUGAAUGCAUCUGAAGUGAACUUGAAUCAGAAUCGUCUCAAUUCUCUCAAUGCGGAUGCUCUUGCCAAAUGCCCUCACUUGAAAAUUCUCCGAGUUGAAGAGAAUUGUCUUGCCAAAAGUGAAUUCACCGUAAAUCUGCUAUCGCACUCCCCUGUCAGUAUUAUAAGUUAUUCGGGUAACAUCUUCCAAGAUCGAGAAUUCCAAGAUCUACCAGGUUAUGAGAAUUAUCAGGAGCGCUUUACUGCGACGCGACGAAAAAUGUGA